UCCGGUGUAAACACGACGUACCCGGGUUUAGCUCGAAGCGCUGGAACUUAGUUGCUUCUGUAACGUUAGUUUCUCCUUUAAUUAACUAGCCAGUGGGCUAACGUCGCUCGUGAGGCACGUAGCUAGCUCAGCGCAGCUAGCAGGCUAUAAAUAGAUGUUUGCUACUAUUUUACCUUCCGCGUGCAUGUGCGCGCACACGAGCGAUAUACCUGGGUAUAAAGCGAGCGGCUCGUGCCAGUGUUAUCACCUACAUCUACUGCAGAGCAGCCGGGUUACAGUUCAUCAGGUAUGGGCACUGCUGUGGGCUCCUAAUUAUAAUCUGCCAUCAUGGUGAACCAGGUUCAGCGAGGGGACGGUAGCUGGCAGUCCCGCAAGAGCGACUCCAGCGGGGCCAGCAACAGCGGCGGGGAGAGCUCCAAGGAGAGCUCCCGGUGCUCCACGCCGGUGCUGGACGCAGACCGGUCGGACAGGCUGCGGGAGAAGAUGCGGAGGAGGACGGAGUCCGGGGACCGCUGGUUCUCGCUGGAAUUCUUUCCUCCCCGCACGGCCGGUGGAGCUGUCAACCUCAUCUCCAGAUUUGACCGUAUGGGCGCCGGAGGGCCCCUGUUCAUCGACAUCACCUGGCACCCGGCAGGGGACCCGGGCUCGGACAAGGAAACCUCGUCCAUGAUGAUCGCCAGCACAGCGGUCAACUACUGCGGCCAGGAGAGUAUCCUCCACCUGACCUGCUGCAACCAGACCAAAGAGAAGAUCACCGGCCACCUGGCCAAAGCAAAGCACCUGGGCCUCAAGAACAUCAUGGCGCUAAGAGGAGACCCGGUGGGAGCAGACUGGGAGGAAGAGGAGGGAGGCUUCAACUACGCCGUCGACCUCGUUAAACACAUCCGGUCAGAGUUUGAUGACUACUUUGACAUCUGUGUCGCAGGUUACCCCACAGGCCAUCCUGAGGCAGAGAGCUACGAGGAGGAUCUCCGACACCUGAAGGAGAAGGUGGAUGCUGGAGCAGACUUUGUCAUCACCCAGCUGUUCUUCAGGGCAGACACGUUCCUCAAGUUCCUGGAUGACUGCAGGGAAGUUGGCAUCACGUGUCCCAUCCUACCUGGAAUCUUCCCCAUUCAGGGGUACCAGUCUCUGCGUCAGCUCGUCAAGCUGUCGAAGCUCGAGGUGCCGGAGGAGAUCACCAGAGUCAUCGAGCCCAUCAAAGACAACGACGCUGCUAUCCGUAACUAUGGGAUCCAGCAGGCGGUGGAGAUGUGCCGGGUGCUGCUGGACAGUGGAAAGGUACCAGGCCUCCACUUCUACACGCUGAACCGAGAGGUCGCCACCAUGGAGGUGCUGCGACAGCUGGGCCUGUGGAUCGAAGACCCCAGGCGGCCUCUUCCCUGGGCAGUGAGCGCUCAUCCCAAACGCAAGGUGGAAGAUGUUCGACCCAUCUUCUGGGCCUCCAGGCCCAAGAGCUACAUCUACAGGACCCAGGACUGGGACGAGUUCCCCAACGGCAGAUGGGGAAACUCGUCAUCUCCAGCUUUUGGCGAGUUAAACGACUACUACCUGUUCUACUUGAAGAGCAAGUCCUCCAAAGAUGCACUGCUGCAGAUGUGGGGGGAGGAGCUGAUGAACGAAGAGAGCGUCUACGAGGUCUUCACCUGCUACAUCACAGCUCAACCCAACCUCGGUGGACACAAGGUCAUGUGUUUGCCAUGGAACGACGAGCCUCUGGCCCCAGAGACCAACCUGCUGAAGGACGAGCUGGAGAAGGUGAACAGGCGAGGAGUCCUCACCAUCAACUCCCAGCCCAACAUCAACGGCAAACCCUCCACAGACCCUAUAGUGGGCUGGGGGCCUGCAGGAGGCUACGUCUUCCAGAAGGCCUAUCUGGAGUUCUUCACCUCCAGUGAAAAUGUGACCGCUCUCCUCAAAGUGCUGAAGAAGUAUGAGCCGCGUGUCAACUACCACAUUGUUAAUGUGCAUGGCCGGAACCUGACCAACGCCCCCGACAUGCAGCCCAACGCGGUGACGUGGGGGAUCUUUCCUGGCAGGGAGAUUGUUCAGCCGACUGUAGUGGACCCAGUCAGCUUCAUGUACUGGAAGGACGAGGCCUUUGCCUUGUGGAUCGAGCAGUGGGCCAAACUCUAUGAAGACGAGUCCCCUUCACGGAUGAUCAUCAAGUAUAUCCACGACAACUACUUCCUGGUCAAUCUGGUGGACAACGACUUCCCCCUGGACAGCUGUCUGUGGCAGGUCAUCGACGACAUGUUUGAGCUGCUCGACGCUCCUCCAGAGCCGCUGCACGACGGAGCGCUCUCUGAAUAAAGUCUGUCUUUUUUUAGAGAGACUCAGAACACUAUGGGACUGUGGGUAUUUUAUGCAUUGUCUAAAAAAGCUGCUAUUUACAAUACAGAGCUUGAGUAAGAAGUGUACUUCAUAGUGUUUUUUAUGAACGUUUUUUAACUUUUGAGUGAAUAGGAAACGAAGCUCUGGCCUGGAUAACAGGUUCACGCUAAACAUCGGAGUAUUUCCGAGCUCCGCGAUGAGCAGCUUCGUCCUCGGCACUGCCAGCUGAUCAGCUGUUAACGAGUUCUCACUGAAAAACAACAAAUAGGAAGAAGACACUCGAAAUGAAUCGUGAACAUGCUUUAUACUUUUUUAUAGUGUUUUUCAGCAAAUGUGUUUAUUUUCAUGGAACAAAAAAUAAUGAAUGCUAUUUUUGAAUUAGAUUUUGUAAUGAUUUUUAGUGUGUGUGUGUGUGUUACAGGAGAUGUGUAUGGGUGAAACUCCUUUUUAAUCUCACUGUGAUGAGUCAGUCCGACAGAUGUGUGAGCUGCUGACUCUCAGUUACACUGUCCACCUGCUGCCUUUACAUGUUUUAAAUGUACGUCGUAUUUAUUUGUGUUGCCGGUUUCAUAAGCUCAUUAAAUAUCGUGUGACCUGG